AUGUCAAUCAAAGUCAAGAAUGUUCCCGUCGUUGAGCCAUACGGCAACCCUGCGCCCUUUGCGGAGCCGGCGUGGUACAAUACCCUGGCUUCUCCUUACUAUGAUGAAAGCCAUCGGAGGGUGAGGGACUACGUGCGCAAGUACAUCGAGGAGCAUAUCGCGCCCAAUAUUCAAGAGUGGGAAGAGAAGGGACAUGUCCCCCAUGAAGCAAGAAUUCACUUUGCCAAAUCAGGCUUGGCUUUCCCAGAGUUGCCGCGUGAAUAUGCUGGCGAUGUUCCAUUACCAGGCAAUGUCCCAGCUGAGAAAUGGGAUAUCUUUCACUCGCUUGUUGUAAGCUACGAAGCUAGUAGAAUAUGGGCUGCCGGGGUGUCUGUGGGACUCAACGGCGGCACGACAAUCGGCGUACCUCCUGUCAUCCAUCAUGGCACAGAAGAGCAGAAGAGAUGGUGGCUUCCUGGGCUUGUUAACGGGAAAAAAAGCUUUUGUCUCGGUUGUACUGAGCCUACUGGCGGUUCCGAUUUGGCGAAUUUGAAGACCACGGCAACCAAAUCAGAUGAUGGAACAUAUUACACCGUCAACGGCCACAAGAAAUGGAUCAGCGGUGCGAUACGUGCUAGCCACAUGACAACUGCUGUAAGGACUGGAGGCCCUGGUAUUAAGGGCAUCUCAGUCCUGGUCAUUCCUCUUGAUCUUCCCGGCGUUUCUCGACGCAAGAUUAGUAAUAGUGGAUGGAACGCUGGAGACAGCACAUGGGUGACACUGGACAAUGUCAAAGUACCUGUCAACCACCUCAUCGGGCAGGAGAACGCUGGGUUUCAGUACAUUAUGACCAACUUCAACAAGGAACGAUUCAUCCUUGCUGUACUCAUGAACGGCCAGGCCAGAAUUUGCCUGGGAGACGCCUGGGCAUAUGCCAUAGACCGCCACACAUUCGGCAAGCCACUCAUGCAUCAUCAGAUCAUUCGACAUAAGCUCAUCACAAUGGCGCGCUACAUCGAGUCGCACUGGGCCUGGCUCGAACAGAUUGCGUAUCAUGCUCACACUACCGGCUCAAUGGGCACAGAACUAGCAUCAAGGAUCGCGAUGGCCAAGAUUCACGGCGGACGUCUUCUAGAGCUCGCGAACCGGGAGGCACAGCAGAUAUUUGGUGGUGCUGGAUAUCAGCGUGGCGGCGUUGGGGCUCGCGUCGAACAGAUCAGCAGAGACCUUCGAGUGAACAUCGUCGGUGGCGGAAGUGAGGAGAUCAUCACGGACUUGGCUGUUCGGCAAGAGAUUGGCGCAGCUGAAUUCGCAAUGUGCAGGUGUCGCGAUAGCCUCAAGGAUCCAACGCUGCCCCUCAGCCACACGAUCCCGCUUAUUCUUUUUUCCCGAUGUUCGUCCGGCUCGCUCCGCGCACCAAUCGGAGGUCAUGUCACCGAAGUGUCCGGCAUCUUGAAUUGCAAACAGGGGCGGGCAGGUACGGCCGAGCGUGGCUGCUGUCUCUCGAAGUUUUGGAGGAGAAGAAAGUCGACACUCUCAACACUUUCCUGCAAGAUCCCGUUCAUAAGGUACAUAACUAGACGGGGCAAGAACAUCCCCUCAAAUGCGUUUCGAAGGAACAUUCCCCGUUCCGAGCUUGGAAUGUCCGUGGGCUCGAAUGGAACUUUCCUGAACCUUGGAUUUGUUGGACCCCCGCCCCCAACACUAUUCCUGCCAUCUACAACCUUUCCAUUUUGCUUUCUACGCAAUCGACAAAAAAAAGUCAGGUCAUCGUUCAAUAACUACCGCACUAGACAAACGCACCAUCGUAUUGAUCCCGCCCGCAAAAUGGAGCAAGCGGUAAGGGACUUCAAGACUCUCGGCCGGUCAAAGUCAACGCCUUCGGGUCUUGACAACAAAUGGGUUUUUGGUGUCCGACACGUCGAACUCAAUCCGCCUGGAGAUCUGGUAAUCGCCGUACACCCAGUCAGCCGGUUCGUGUUGCGAGGCGGCCCGGCUCAGAUCCUCUCGCAGCCUACCGAACGUGAUAGAGCCAGAGCGACUGUGACUCCCCUUCUCCAAGCCUUCUUCAAAGGCAGCCCAGGUGCUGAACAUGCUGCGUUUGCUCCCUGGAGCUGGUCGACAGACAGUCCCGAGCUCGCUGCCGCUAUUGGGCCAGAGCUGGCUGCUGCAGGAAUCCCGGGUGGUCUUGAGAAGGUGACCGUUUGCUCUGCUGAGGAAAAGGAGAUCCUCGGAGAAACUUGGUCUGAGCUCAGAGACCUCCUGAUGAACUUCAUGGGUGGUAGCAGGCCCGGACAGGCGACCGCAGUUCCGUCCGCUGUGUCACCCGGGGACUCAUCCAAAUGCCAUGGCUGUGGUCUCUCCUCCGAAAACUUCUCCUCGCCGAUGAAGAAGUGUUCCGCGUGUCAGAAGGCAUGGUAUCAUUCCCAGGACUGCCAGCGCUCGCACUGGAAAAUGCACAAGCCGACCUGUGUCGCCCACCGCCCGGCUCCAGCCCCGUCCACGGCUGCGUCGCCGGGCAUGGGCCCCGCAUACAACUAUUACAACAAUGUGGCGCGAAAAUCUGAGGAGGGGCAGGCGUUGUUGCGCUCGCUUAACAUCGAUCCUAUCUCAGUUCGCCCAGGAAUGGAUUUGCCACUGCGCCGUCUCGUCAUCGCUGGCAAAGACACGCCUGAAUACUUGCGAAUUCUCUUUGGGCCGACGUUUGCUAGCGAGGAGAAGGAAUUGGAGAGGGUUAGGCUGGAGGUCCUGAUUGACCCUCCUCGUGGCUCCCCAAUGUACGUGCAACAAGACCUUGAUGACGCCGGAACCAAGCCUCCCACUCGUGCGCUUCGACCGGCGAGCGAGGCGGAACUGGAGACGUUGAAGGAAGUGCGGGAGAUCCAGGAGAAAGUCAGGCAGAAGGUUGGGGUUGGGCGUUCGCCUGAUACAAGAGUCAUGCAAGAAGUCCUGAUGACUUGUGGGCCUGAUUGGUCAGAGAAGUUGCAGCUGUACAUGCUUGCAGUCAAUACUAUGGACCAAGGUGUCCGCCGCUGA